GAAUUUUAACUACGUGCGCGACAACAGAAUUCAGUAAAACUAAAGUCGUAACGUGAUGCAUGUUAUUUAGUGAUGAUUAUUGUAUACAGAAGAUAUUAGUAUAGUUCUAUACAUGUAUUAAAUGUUCAAAAUUGGAUACACACUGUUCCUACUAUUACUACUAACAAUAGUCAAAUUUGAAGCAAAAAUAAUAUUGUUUUCUUUAAAAAAAAAUAAUCAAUUUGAAAGGCAUGUCAAGAACAUUUGUUUUGUUACUUUGUGGAAGUUUUAUAUGGUCAACAUGGGCGCUUAUGAAUGCCAUAGAUGAAGCGCAAUGCAUAGCGCAAUCAAAAAAAGAAAUUGGGAACUACAUCAAGUCAGAUACGUGGCAAUUAUUGUUUCCUCGUCAUUAUAAGUUUGAAGUAACAGAACACGGAAACCUAAUAAAAAGGAACCGAGGACUUAAACUAAAUGCUAUUAUACACAAUUCGAUUUAUGGAUGUUCACACGAAGAAAAUAACGAAGUUGACUUUUGCCCAAACGUUAAUUUGGGUCGUUUUAAAUCGUGUAGACACGGAAAAAAUCUCAAGGCUGCAAUGUUUAGGAGUGCCAGAUGUUCUUUCGUCGAAAUGUCAAUCAAGCACUUAAUACUUUCCAAUUAUCUUUUACUCAAAUUUUCAGUUAACGAUCAGUUGGAACAGGUUUAUUCGGCAAUCGAUGAACCAAUAAGAUCAUUUGGUGGUUCCGUAUUGCAAAUGUUGUCCAUAUUGCUGUACGGCGAAGUUAGCGGUCUGGGUGAACUGAUGUCAUUGAAUCUUUAUUUGAAUAACACUCACGGUACUGUGCUGUUCUACAAGUUACCCACAGAAAUAGUGCAUAACAUAACAGAUUUUGAAAAUGCUCGAACUUACAUGAAGACUAUUCACACAAAAAUACUAGGUGAAUUGCAAACAUUUUGGGGUGUGUGGUGUGACAGGUAUGAUCCUGAAGCUAAAUAUCUAGAAAAAUAUGAAAAUCAAACAUUUGAAGUUAUACAACAAAAAAUUUUUUCAAAUGUGGCUCGCGCUGAUGAAUUUGUUAGAGGACUAGACGUCAAAAAUAGUAGAGAUGAUUUAGUAAUUGAACCAAGACUCAUGGCGUUAACAGAUUUUAUAGAUAAUAUUUCUGGACAUCGAGCAUUGCCUUAUGAACUUUUGGUCAAACUCAAGUUGAAUGCAUUUGAAGCCACAUUUGAAUUUGAUCCUCAAGCAAUGCGUAUGUAUCAUAAGUCAGUAUUUGAGAUACUUUAUGCGUCUCUAUAUUGGUCAACUAUUACCCACAUGAAAUUGGGUAUGCGUAUGAUCAACGAAAUAGAAACACCUGAUUCAAAGUACAACAAAUUAGAUUUUUUGGUAAAUUUCGCCCAGUACAUGAAACCUCUUUAUAAGUACGAUCAAGAUAUGUCUCAGGCUGUCAUAGGAUUACCACAGAAUGUUUCAAAAAAUUUAACCCGUUCGUUUUACUUUUUACUCGUGUUUUAUAACGAUUCAAAAGUAAUCGGCAAAUCUCACUUAACUGCCCCAGAGACUAAAGCAGAAAUCCAAGACAUAGUUAAAUCUUUAAUGAUUGAUAUGAAUAAAUUAUUAAAUUAUGAAAUGCCUUUCGUUGAUGUUGAUAAGUUAAGUUAUGAGGAAGCUCGAAAAUUGAUGCGAUCUAAUUAUCACUCAUUUUUCAAACUAGUUGUAUCAGCUUCAGGUUUUAAAACAUAUAGGGAGAAUUUGAUAAGGCUGAAUCAAUGUUUCUUUUAUUCAACAGAAGAAUUUGUAUUUAAUUUGCAAUAAUUGUUUUUGUUUUUUAUUAUAUAUGCUUAUAUUUAUUUAUGCAUUAACUGCAUCAAGUUAUUAAGUUAUUAAGUUAAGAAUGCUCAUCGCCGGCUAAGUGAUAAAAAGUUACAUUGAAUAUCUAAACAGAUAUAUUGUAAUAAAUAUUGUUAUAUUUCUAAUUAGUAGUCAUUAUAUGUAUAAUUUAGCUUUAUAA